CGGUACAAUAAACCCCAAAUCAGUUAAUUGAUUAAUUAUCCCUAAAGUUUCAGAUUAUCAAGUUUGCUUCCUCGAAGGGGAAGAAAGAAAAACUUUCGCAGAGAGCGACGCAUCGGAUUCAGUUUAGCCCCUUUCUUCACGAUAUUCCAAAGUCUCUUUCCCCAGAGAUUUCCAGAUCAGGAGAAAUCGGCAAGUGGGCGAUUUUUCGAUCCCCGAGGGAAAGAGUUUCGCUUUUGUGAGAAUCGAAUUCUGUAGUUUUGAUUUUCAAGUGGUAGUGUGAAGUUAAUCGGAGGAUAGGAAAUGGCGGCGGUGGGAGAGAAAGAGCACGAAGGAACGGUGGUUAAGAGCGUCGAGCAGAAUGAUUCCGCCGUUUCACCCUCCGAAUCUGUCGGCGGCGAGAAGAAGAAGCCGCGCAAGGGUCUGUUUUCGCGUAUAUGGAAUGUGAUAUUUAGGGUUAAAGGAGACGAUUUCGAGGAGAGGCUUCAAGGCAUCUCGAAGAAAGAAGCGACGAUAAGGUCGAGGAUGACGCGCAGGUCGAUUACAAGGAGGAAGGUCAUUAGAAAUCUCAUCGCUUUCUCUGUCUUCUUUGAGAUAAUUGCAGUGAGUUAUGCGAUCAUGACAACCAGAGAAGAGGAUUUGGAAUGGAAACUGAGGAGUUUCAGGAUCUUGCCGAUGUUUCUUUUGCCUGCUCUUGCUUCUCUUGCGUAUUCUUCACUCGUUAGCUUCACGAGGAUGUGUGACCGCAGAGAUCAAAUUACCUUGGAGAAGCUUCAAGGUGAAAGGCUGGGAAAGAUCGAUGAGUUAAAAGAGAAGACCAAUAUCUUCACCACACUAGGUAUUAUUCGGAGGUUUGACCCUGACCCAGCUACAAGAGCGGCUGCUGCAACUAUCCUGGCAUCUAAGUUGGGUGCUGAUUCAGGCUUGAAAGUGUAUGUAGAAGAUGCAUCCCAUUCCCAACUUGACCACUCCACAGGCAAGAGCAAUGACGUGGAAGCCAAACACUCACAAGGGCUCAGGAACCGAAAACAACGAAAUACGAAACGCAGCAGCGCCGGGACCACAUCAUCCCAUCAUUCUGAUAAUGAGUCUAACCAUUCUGGAACAAGCGACGGAACCAGUGUCACUGAGCAAAACCAGCAGAUGGCGUUUGAGCAUUAUAACCCUCAGGGGUAUGUUGGCCAUGAUGGUAGCUGGAUCUCACGCAUUGCGGCUCUCCUCGUGGGCGAAGAUCCUACUCAGUCGUAUGCACUCAUCUGCGGAAACUGCCAUAUGCAUAACGGUCUCUCACGGAAAGAGGACUUCCUGUACACUACUUACUACUGUCCUCAUUGUGGAUCCCUGAACAAGCCAAGACAUUCAGAGGAACAUUCACUGAUUGCUCCUGCUGAUGCAGCCGCUACAGUCUCUUUAACACCAAUGGAAAGCGAAGUGAUGAACAGCAGUAGCUCGACUAGUGAGCGUGGCAACAGUCCUGUCCCUGCAGAGAUUGUGGAAGACGCUCCUGAAACAACUGAGAACGCGACACCGAGCUAACCGGAGAAAGGUCCUGUGAGGUAAACGAAAAAUGGCUUUCAAGUUUUCUGUGAUACAAAGAGAGAGAAAGAGAGUGAUAUAGAAAGAAUGUGUGAGAGAGGUUGAUCUAUGCUUUGUAUCUGCUUGCAAUUUUGAUUGUGGUAUGAAGUCUGAACAGAGAGACUUAUCACAAUAGGUUUUUUUAUUUCUCUUUUUUCUUUUGAGACAAAAGGUAAAUUGCUGAGUAAAGUAUAUUCGAGUUAAAAUGUCAUAACACGAUUGUAUGUCUUUUUUUUUAAUGGGUUUGUUAGGAAAAUAUAUACAGUACUUGUUUUUUUUAAGAAGCUUUUGUGACUAGUUUUGGAUGUUAAAUUUGCGAUUUUCCUCAUUGUGUAGAUGUCAUAAUCUCAAUGACAAUGCUAAUUACAAAAGACUAACCUCCAAAAGAAAAAACAGAAAAAGAAACAAAAUUUUAAAGGGAAGAAAAUAUCAUGUGUGAUUAACAAAAUAUAAAAGGGAGAAGAUUUGUUAAUCACACAGCUCAGCUUCAUUUUUUCUCCCGCCAAGAUCGGAUUAAAUAAUAACCAUUACCUUCAUUUUGUUUCCCCUCCUCUCCCCUAAACAUAAACCCACCAAAAACAAAAAAGAUUUGAACUUUUUUUCUUUCCUUUUCUUAGAUCACAAGAGAGAGGGAGGGAGAGAUUAUGGGGUUUUAGGUUUUUGUUUUCUCAUAGAAAGUUUUUUUCUUUGUUGGUUUCUCUAACAAAAUUACUAUUUGUUAUGGGUAAUAUGACGUCAAACUUGGCGGCGAAAUUCGCUUUCUUUCCACCGUCGCCGGCUACGUACGGCGUGAGCAAAGACGAAGAGACCGGAAAGCUAAUGUUCACCGGAGUCACGCCGGAAAAAAGCAUGGAAGUUCAUCAGAUAACCACCAAAUCCGGCAACAAAGUCGUCGCUACGUUUUGGAAACACCCUUUUGCAAGAUUCACUCUUCUCUAUUCCCAUGGAAAUGCAGCCGAUCUAGGCCAAAUGGUCGAGCUCUUCAUCGAGCUCCGAGCUCAUCUCCGUGUCAACAUUAUGAGCUAUGAUUAUUCAGGCUAUGGAGCUUCAACAGGAAAGCCGUCUGAGAUCAAUACGUACCACGACAUCGAGGCUGUGUACAAUUGCUUGAGGACCGAGUACGGACUCAAGCAAGAGGAGAUGAUUCUGUAUGGUCAGUCCGUUGGAAGCGGACCAACGUUGUACUUAGCGUCUCGAUUAAAGAGACUAAGAGGAAUCGUUCUUCACAGCGCGAUCCUCUCUGGACUUAGAGUCUUGUAUCCUGUCAAAAUGACAUUCUGGUUCGAUAUAUACAAAAACAUUGAGAGGAUACGACAUGUGGCAUGCCCUGUUCUUGUCAUACAUGGAACAAAAGAUGAGAUUGUGAACAUGUCGCAUGGUAAGAGAUUGUGGGAGCUUGCUAAAGACAAGUAUGAUCCACUGUGGGUCAAAGGAGGAGGGCAUUGCAACUUGGAGACGUAUCCUGAGUACAUAAAGCACCUGCGCAAGUUCAUAAACGCAAUGGAGAAACUCGCUCUCAACAAUCCUCCGUCGAAACAGACAGAGGAUGAGCCAAGCAUCAAUGAAACUAAGCACAACCGGUGCUUGAGAUUCAGGAAAAAGUAGAAGCUGGAAUUGAAGAUGGGUAGUAACAAAAUAUCACAAAAAAAAAGACACAUUUAUGAACUUGGUUUCAUCAUUGUAGGAUUUAGCAAUGUAAAAAGAUGUGUAACGUAGCAAAAGUUUGGAAAUUUCAAUUGUUUUUUUUUAUUUACUUUUCUUUACUUGUAGUUGAAGCAACCGAACAGUAAAGCUCUUAACUUUCUCAGACGUAUUCAUAUAAACAAAGAGAGAAAAAUCUGAAUGUUGUGUAUCCAGAAAUAGCAACAGCAAGAGCAAACAGAAGUAGUAACUACUAAAAUCAGUAUGAAUCGACUUGGGUUUGAUGAUCAGUUUAGGGAAACUUGAGGCCACAUUGUUUGAGGAUGUCAAAGUAGCUAACUUUUUCAUCUUUUUCAUUGAGAUUCUGUCCAUUGUUACGGAGAAGGGCUUCGAAAAUUUCUUUGAAAGGAAUAUCAGUUUCAUCAGUUGCAGACGACGGAGAAGAAGAAUCGAGAUUCAGAUGCUUUCCCGGAGAAGGAGAUUUCGGGAGUCCUGUAGUAGCCACAGAAGCAGAAUUUGAUUGAUUUUCCAAAACGAUGGUCCUUGCCAUUGAAACCGGAGAAGGAGAAUCGAGAUCGGAAUGCUUUCCCGGAGCCCUAGUAGGAGAAGGAGAUUUGGGAACUCCGGUGUUACUCACAGAAUCAGAAAUCGGUCGAUUUUCCAAAACCAUGAUUCUUCCGAUUGCAGUCGGAGAAGGAGAACCCACAUUGGAACGCUUUCGCGGAACCCUAACAUCGUCUUCGGCGACAGACGUCGGAGAAGACAGAGUCACCCUGACAUUUUCCGCCGUAAGAGACGGUGAAGCAGAAACAGGCGUCGUCGUCUCGGAUUUAGAAGACUGAGAUUUCGAUUUUGAACCUCCUGCAGGUUUCAUCUCCGAAACCCUAACUCUGGGUUCCGAAUCGGCGGCAGAGGAGAGAGAUGCGUUCUCAGGAGGUGUACGGAACACGUCUUCAUCGUUGAUAGAAUCGAUGCUGGUCGGAGUAGGAAACGAGAGAACCGGAGUUCGAACAACCGCCGGCGAAAUCGGAUUCCCGAGAAUCUCAGUGCUUUCCCAAUCUGUCUCCGCCACUCCUCCGGAAGAUUCCGUCGGAGGAGACUCAGGAUCGGCGAAGGGGCAGUUCUUAAGGAAAGAUUUCUGAGAUGAAGUGACGCUGUCGAAUUCGCUCUCGUCGUCUUCAACAUUUUCCGCCAUUUUUGGUGUGAGAGAGAAUCUUCCACUGUCUCAGUUUCAAUUUCCUUAUAUUAAAAAAGGAGAUUCAAGUCCGGUUUAAAACAAGUGUUGUACCAAUUCCGGUUUAGUCACUCCUUAUCCCGGCAAGGUAUACACACAGUGGAGAUAAUGACAAAGAGAAACACAACAUCUUGUCGAUCGUAUAAGAUCUGAAGACUGUGCCCUCUCAUACUUUAGCAUAGCAGAGGCUCAUGGAUUCACAAAAAAGAAUGGGUGUUGGAUGUGGUAAUCGUGAUGACAAACACAUCUCAACACUUCACUCUUACUGCUUACUUAAGAUGUGUCAUCUAAAUGAGGAGGGAGACAAGCAUGUUCACAACCAAGUAACCAACAUGUAAUUGUUCUUCAACAUGAGCUUAUCCAUAAAUCUGCCACCUCCACUUGACCCUCCACACAUGAGCGAUUGUAAUUCACCCUCCACCAAAGCCAGCACCUGCUAGGCGACCUGAAUCUCUCCACCUAAACAUGUGCCCUCAUACUUUAGCAUAGUAGAUGCAUUCAAUAAAAAGAGUGGGUGUUGGAUUCAUG